AUGGGCUCUAAGAAGAGGAGACGCAAUCUUCCAGAAGCCACAGUAAGCACGCCUAAUCACUCUACAAACGAACCUUUAGCGGUUGGGGAGUCCAGCAAAGCUUCGACCAGCGCGCAAAGGAGAGUCAAUAGUCAUGAUCCUCGGCAGAGAUCUCUUAAACCUGGAGAUUCAAAGAAGCGAGACCGACAAUCCGAACGAACUAGCGCCGUGACUGAUAGCCCGCCAACAAAAAAGAUGCGGACCGAAUGCGAUGCGCGACAGGUAGAGGGUACCAGUGCGGAUGAAACAGGCCUUUUCAACGCAAAGCCUUAUGAUAAAACAGCGCCACCACUAUCAGCUGAGGUUGCCAGGCUUUCAGAGACCUACAAUUUUGUAUCUAUAUUCAUCAUUUCAUCGUCCAAGAUUGAGAAGAAAGUCCGACAAAUCAUCGAGCGGCUCGAUCUCGCUGAUCCUUCCAGAAAGGAUGAGAAGUCUGAGGUCGUCAUUGUGCAUGCAGACGCUGCCAUUGCGAGUAAAGCGAUUAGCGUUGUUGAAAUUGCAAAGAGAGAACUGCAAAAGGGAGGCGCCUGGUGGCAAUACACGAAAUUAGAAGGGACUAUGAAGGACGUAAAAACAAAAGUCAUGGGAAAGAUGGGAGGCGACGUCGAGAGAAUUCGCCACGGAACUGAACGAAGUGAGACUGAUAGCAACUACAUCCAAAAUCCAAUGGGUGGCGAGCUGCUGCAAAUUCAAAGGUCGGAGGAGGAAAUUGAAGAGUGUUUCGAGACAAUGUCCUCGCCGAAACCUUUGGUAGUGCCAAUCGAAAAUAGGAAGGUCAAGAAUAUUCCUACACUCAGAAUCUACCUGGCUAGAUGCCGGAUUCCGGCCUUAAAAGGAUUAUUUGGGUAA